AUGCGGCCCCGCCAGGAGACGCAGCUCAGGCUCACUAGUGCCGGGAUGCCCCUUGGAAUCAACCUGGGCAAGAACAAGAGCUCUGCCGAUGCUGCGGCUGACUACACGGCUGGCUUCAGGAGAGCAGGGCCUGUUCCUGUGCUGCCUGUGGCAGUGUGCCCGUGUCUCCCUGGUGUUACUGCUCCGCACACACGCUGUGUCCCUGUGCCUCCCCUGCAGGUGCUGGCAGAGAGGGACCUGCUGCCUUGCGAGCACAAGCCAGCUGUGCUGGUGAAGAUUGCCCCUGACCUCACCGCGCAGGACAAGCAGGACAUCGCCAGUGUUGUCUGUGAGCUAGGUGUGGACGGGCUGAUUGUCAGCAACACUACUGUGAGCCGCCCCAGCAGCCUCCGGAGCAGGCAGCGCACAGAGCCUGGCGGCCUCCGCGGGGGCCGGGUGCCCAUCAUCGGAGUGGGUGGGGUGAGCAGCGGGCACGAUGCCCUGGAGAAGAUCCGCGCUGGAGCCUCACUCGUGCAGAUGUACACGGCACUUGUGUACCACGGGCCGCCGGUGGUGGGGGCAGUGAAGCGAGAACUGGAGGACCUGCUGAGGGAGCAGGGGGUCAAGAACGUCAUGGAGGCAGGUGCUGACACUGCAGGACCAAG